UUAAUUAAUUUACAUUAUAAGGGUAUAGUGGGUUAAAUUUAUAAAUCAACAAAUUGUUAUCAAUAUUUAAUUUGGCAAGACACAAGUUAUUAACAAAAGAAUUGGUACAUGAGAUGCCAGGAAUCCACCAAAGUGACAGCGUACAACAUUCCUACCACAUGUCCCCUGGAACAAGAAACCAAUAUCAUCCAAACUUUAACAUGUCGGCUGCAGUAACCCAUCGAAUUAACCCAUACGCACACCCGAUGCCGCACAACCGAAACCUCCCGCCCCCAAGCCCUUCUACUGCAAGUAAUACGUCAUCAUCCAACCAUUCCAACAGUACAGCGAGCCCACCAAGCGGGACAGGGAGUCCACAUAAUAUGCAGAUCGUACAAAUGAUUCCAAACCAAACCAUUAUACCACAGGGUUUGGGGCCGAUGAACAACGGUUGCAACCACGUGAACGGCAACAAUAAUUGCGACCAACUAAGCAAAACUAAUCUUUACAUCCGUGGUUUAUCAGCCGCAACCAACGAUGAAGAUUUACAUAAUCUUUGCAAACAGUACGGCAAGAUUGUUUCAACCAAAGCCAUAAUUGAUCCAGCCACUAAUUUAUGCAAAGGUUAUGGCUUUGUUGAUUUUGAUCGUUACGAUUCAGCGAGUUUGGCCGUGGAACAACUGAAGCAUCGAGGCAUCCAAGCACAGAUGGCCAAGCAACAAGAGCAAGACCCCACAAACCUAUAUAUCUCCAACCUUCCACGAAAUAUUAACGAACAAGAACUUGAAAAUAUGUUGUCACCUUACGGACAAGUUAUUUCAACCAGGAUAUUACGCGACAACAACAGCGUUAGUAAAGGCGUUGGAUUCGCAAGGAUGGAAUCCAAGGAAAAAUGCGAACAAAUUAUUUGCAAAUUUAACGGGAAAUAUCUUCAUAAUAUUGCUGGUGGUGAACAACCAACCGAACCACUUCUUUGUAAAUUUGCGGACGGAGGUCCAAAGAAGAACAAACAACACCAGAAGUUCAUGAACGGAGGACGACAGUGGAGAGACGGGGACGUUCAGUUCGCUUACGACGUUCCCUCGUUGCACAACGGAUUACCAGCCAACAGAUUAAUGGUUCAACAAAUCCCCAACCCAGCUUACCAGCAGAUGCCGGGCGCACCGAUGUGGGUUCAACCGCCUUCGUACGUUGUACAACCACACAUGCCACCGGGCAGCGUUAUAUCGCAAGUUGACCCAGCGCUCCACCAUGUACAUCCUGGUGUUCUACCACAGAUGGGACAACUAACCAACCAAAUGAACCAACUUCAACUCGGUCACCCCGCUGCUACAAUGCCGUACGUUCCGAGCACGGUUGGUCCACCUUUCAUACCUCACUACAACCAAGCUCUUGUACCGCCACGAGUGAACGAUGCCACGCCCACUGAAGCGGAACAACCAGAAGUUGAUGAAGUUUCCUCCGAACAACAAUUGUGAUUAUGAUGUCACAACUUUCAAUGACUUUGAAACAAUUUACUUUAACAAACAUUGUUUAUGAUGUCACAAAUCGCAGUGACAAACAUUUUGCGAAAUUUUAUCAAAGAUUUUGCAACGAACGUGCAAUUUUGAUUGGUCAAGCGAGCGAGCACAUCACUGUGUAGAUCGUAACAAAACAUAAAAUCUCUUGCCCAACUCACACAGGGUCCAAUGCACUACAGUUUCAAUCCAUAUUUCACAUGGAUGUUCUUACUAGUUGCACAAGAGCUUUUAAAGAUAGAUUUUAUUAUUUAAGAUUAUUUUCUUAUCGAAUUUAUUUCUUUUUGAAAUUGGAUUGAAAUAUUUUAUGAUCAGAGUUAUCGAGCCGUCCUUGAGUAUUUUUAUCAAUUUUUUGCUGAUUUUUAUUGAGUUUCUGAAAAUACGUCGCAAAAAUAGAUGUUUAUAGCGCCCCAUGUGGCGAGUUACACAGAUUGUCUUCCAUGUUUGUAUAUAUAUGAUUUCUCUGUGACUAAAUAUUGGAUAUCUAUGUUGAGUGUCAUCGAAGCAAUUUACCCCAACAUUGCACACGCCCCUCUCACGCCCCCAGUAUUUGUUGUAACAAAUCCAAAAUGUGAAAACUUUGUUCGAUUUUUUUUGCGCCAACUCCAUCAUUGUGUUUGUGAUGUCACAAUACUUGGACCGUCUUAUACUCGGAAAGUUUUCAACGAACGGUGAAAAAGAAUAUUUACGGUCGCCGAUUUUUUAUUUUUGCGCAAAUUGUUUUUUGUUUCGGUCGUGCUUUGUGAUUGGUGCAUUCCGAAGCCAAUUAUCGCUGACUCAUCAUGAGUCUGCAAACUUGUACAGAAGCCAUCGUUCCUUUUGUAAAUACAAACAGCUUUCUCAGAAAA